GUGCGACACACACACACACUCACACACACACACACGCAUGCAAACUAAACGGACGUCGGAGCACCAUCAAGGGAACUGUCCCGGCGUGACUCUGCUGCUUCUGCCGUCGAGGAAACUAAACUAAAACCGACUUUUGUAUUCGGUGUUUGACGCGGAGGCUUCUUCUUCCUCUUCUUCCUCCUCCUCCUCCUCCUCCUCCUCCUGCUGCUGCUCCUGGGAAAGUUGAGCGGAAUAUAACCUUUAAAAAAAACUACUUUACGUCCGUCGCUCCGACCGUAAAGAAAGGUACGAUGAAGCCCGACCAGAAUGGCUGCUCACAUUAAACACCUGGAAUUCUACUUUUCUUUGACCACGUCUCCUACAGUUUGCCCACGUCUUUCAGAGGGAGCUCUCCUGAACUCCCGACAGAGCCUAGUUUAAUUUCCCUCCUGUGGAUUUUAAGUGACGGGCCUGCCAUCAUGCCGAUACUCAAGCAACUGGUGAACAACUCCAACCAGUCGAAGCGGCGGUCUCGGCUCGACCUCACGGCUGAGAUGAUCAGCGCCCCCCUGGGGGACUUCCGCCACACCAUGCACGUCGGCAGGGGAGGCGACGCCUUUGGGGACACUUCAUUUCUCAGCACCCGGUCGGGGGAACCUCCCAGGGAGCCGGAGACCAAGCAGGUCUCCCCGGGCCCCAAACCGGGUCUGCUGUCCCGCACCUUCAGAAGCAGCAAGCGCUCUCAGUCGGUCAACCGGGGGGACAAGUACGACUACAACACGAAGGGGCCCUCUGGUGGCUCCUCCGCCUAUGUGAAGAACGCCAUAUCCCUGCCUUACCUCAACGAAGAGGAUAUGAACCGGGGCGGACAACUGCCCAAGAGCGUUUCCUCGAGCCCCAUGAAGAGGCUGUCGGAGAUCGAGAGCAGGCCGGCGAACGGAGCGGCGGCGAUGGCGACGUCGGACGCCGAGUUCGACGAGCGUCACUUCGGCGAGCUCACGGAUUUGCCCCCCUUCGUGCCUAAAGGGGGCGGGAUGAAGCACGCGGAGUCCAUGAUGUCCUUCCACAUUGACCUGGGGCCCUCCAUGCUCGGGGACAUCUUGAGCGUGAUGGAGAAGAAGGGCUGCGAGGAGGACGACCUCGGCUACGAAGAGGGGAAAGGCAGCGAGGGCGGCGCGUCGCCCCCCCUCAUUCCCCACAUCGACGCCGAAGACGAGGACGCGGAGGGGCGGGCCCCGGCGAGGCCGCCUCGCAUGUACCAGCAGAAGCCCGCGGCGGCACCUUACUCCCUGGAGCUGCACACCCGGAACAACAACCACCACCAAAACCUGGACAGCUACUCUGUGUCCAGCUCCGGCUCCGUCUCCGAGGAGAAGCCCCAGUACCACCUCCACGACGCCGACACGGACAGCGCAAAGUACAGCUCGCCACGUGGGGAGGAAGACCGGGAAUUCUCCUACAUGGAUGACGACGACGACGACGAGAUUCGAGUGUAGGCCGGUUUCAUUGCCUCGAACAGUCUCGGGGGACACUAAGCCGAGAGGACCGAGCUGGAGGAUCUGGGAUUUCGAGUCUAGGCGGGGCCACAUCUGCUUUAAAGCUGCUUGUACAUCAACCGUAUCUCUGCACACUUUGUUCAACUUCAUAAACUAAACCAAUUAAGCCUUAUUCACUGUGCUGUAGAAAGGACACUGUGAGCCGAGUGCAUACAAACUGGCUCUUUUUUUUUUUUUUUAAUGCAAUGUCAGACUCUGAACUCAUUACGAUUGGGGAAUCCUCCAUUUUCAAAUAAGACCGACACCCCGCGGUCAAACCUCCUCCUCCGAGCUCGUCCGCACUACAAAUCUUCCGGCCUAAAGCACUUGAGAAGUAAAGGGCGACCCCCCCCCCCCUUAUUUGGAGAGUGAGGAGAAGGAUAUGCGAGGUCACAAACCAGAUGUGGCCCGAACGAGGAAGAGGGGGGGGGGGGGGGAAGGAAAAAGGACAAGGCUUUGAAACCCCCGAGUGUGGGAGUGAUCGUGGACGACGUCUCGGCAUUGACACUAAAUAGAGAAAGUAGAUAUUACUUUUGACCCCGACAGACUUAAAAGGGGUGAUUUCUGUUUGUUUUGUUUUUUUACUUUAUUUGAUGUACAUAGAGUAUCUGGAAGUUGUUAUUUGAGUUUGGUUGUUUUCCAUUUUGUAAAGUCACAGAAAGCUGUGGUAGUUUAUCAUACGUUUUACAUAAGCGAUGGAUUAUAAUGUGCACUGCUACGUCUUUAAAAGUUUAGAUUUGGGGGGGGGGGGGUUCUGACUUCAUGGUACUGCAGAGUGAGCUUCUUUCCAUAGAAGUCGGCUGCAUGGCACUUAAUUAACGGACUCGAGUAGACGUUCACGUUUUCUUUUGAAUUGUGAAAAAACAGAAGGCCUCGUGUAUGUGUUCCUGUGUUAAUGUAACCAACAGGACAGGAGUGGUGGUUUGUGGGUAAUCGUGUGUAUUUCUGAAAGGGGAGUUCGUUGCAGUAGGAAAAAACUUGUCAAAUCAAUUAAUAGCUUGGGCUUCAUCCAGGAGACGUAUCCUCUUUUCUCUAGACGCGUGUUCAGGCUCGUCUCUGAAGGCAGAGGAUGUAUUACAUUUUUUUUUUUUUUUUUAAAAGCACCUUGUACAAAGUGUUGCUGGAGCGCAGCCGCUUGAACGACGGGCACCAGGUGUGUCCCGGGGCAGUGAUGCCGUUCACCUCCACCGGCGCAGCCCAAAUCACACAGUGGGAGCGGAUGAGUACAUCCACCCAUCAUGUGGCCUCCCCCCCACCCCCACCCAACCAGCUGGAGCUUUUCCAGGAACAGACAGGUGGGCCGUUCCUCUUUUGGCUUUCUUGUGCGGAGGUGUGCUCUUUCUGGUAUUCCUGAUUUAAUGUCUGGCCUUUUUUUUUUUUGGGUGUUAGAAAACUAAUUUGCAUUUCUCCGGCAUUGAAGCGGGACGCUGUGCCACUCUUACCUUCACGUUUUGGGAAAAAAAACGUCUUCAUGAAACAGGUUUUUGCAAGAAGUUCUGCAUUAUCGUAAGCGACCUGGAGGGAAAUUUGCCAAGUAUGUCCGGACCAUACUGUCAGCAGGAUUUUUGUUUUAAUUUCUUUAUUUAAUUUUUCUUGUGUAUAGAGAUGGUUUGAUUUGAGUCAGAACUCUUGUUAUAUUUUAAUGUAAACGGGCCAAAUUUUAAGAUGUCUUUUUACUUCCAUCGGUCGGUUGAUUUUGUUUGGGCAGCUUCGAUCCUCCACGUCCAUCACCGAGAAAACAACCUUUAGAAAAACGGAAGAAAAAAAACCCACACACUCCUCAUCUGGCGCCGUUAUAAUCAAGUCAUGUAAAUAUAAUUUUGUGCCAACGACGAUUACGGGAAGCGGUCGCGUGAGGAACUACGAGAACGUUAGUGGCUUGAACACAAAUAGUAUUCACGAGUACUUGCAUUAUGGGGAAAGUGUAUUAAAAUGACGCUGAAAUACUUUCCUGUAAUUGUCUUAAAAACUUUCUGGCGUUUCGUUUCUCUGUCGGAAAAAAGUUCCAGAAUAAACCAUUAAAAAGGAAUUCGCUGGUACUUUCUGCUCCGGGUCGGCUUCAGAGUUUUCUGUUGUUUGGUGAGUGGAAAAGAAAAUAAAUAAAUAAAAGAUAAGGACUGUGAAAAAAGUGGCUCAGAGUUCUGCUGUUGAAUGUUUUCUUUUCUUUUUCUUUUUCUAUUCAGUGGCUGUAGUGUUAUGCCAAGUAUGUACUGUUUUCUUUUCUUUUCCUACUCCUUAUUCCGGUUUUACAGUAUAUUAAUAUAUUUACCUUCCUCACUCUCCAUUUUCUUUUUGAAAUAACAGCUAUAUUUUUCAAUAAAAAGAGAAAGCUGGUAAUCUUUAA